CCCACCGAGACCGUAUCUACAAAACAAGAAAAGCGAAGAGGCAGCUUGCAAAAGCCGAAGUCGAAUCCCGCAGCAGCUUUGCGUUGUUAUUUCAGCUGCUGAUUCACAGUGGGUCCGUGGAGGUCGAGACGGUGACUUGGUUUCUCGGGGCUUUUUUUUUCGCCUCGCGCAAUCGCAUGCUUUUCACUUAUCGGUCUCGAGCAAUCCCGCAUUAAUCAUUACACCUUCGUUCGAACAAUUCGUUCUCUAUCGUUUAUAGUCGGGCGCUUCAUCCAGUCUGGCGUCAUUUGGAGGGCCGUCCAGCGGAAUCGGAGACGCGGGUCUGCAGGGAUUCACACCUAAGCCAAGCCCGCGGAAUAAUGCUUCUGUCGUCACCAGCCCCGUGAUGGGAGGUAUUGGUCAUACGUCUAUUUCACCGGCCGUCGCGUCUGAUGGCGCGGGUCAGGCCAGAAAGCGAAAUGCUGGCAUGGCAGGGCUCGACAGCUCGCCCGGAAGUAUUGACGAUGUUGAGGAGGUCGAGAAUCGCGACGAGAAAAGAAGACAACCGGUCAAGCGGGCCUGUAACGAGUGUCGGCAACAGAAGCUUCGAUGUGAUGUUGUCCAGGAUCCAUGGACGGACUGUUCCCGCUGUCGCCGACUGAAGCUAGAGUGCAAAAUCGAAUCCAAUUUCAAGCGCGUCGGCAAGCGGAGUCGAAAUGCAGAGAUGGAACGAGAGAUUAUUGAGCUCAGGAAGCAGAUUGCAAGCGUGCAGUCUGGGUCUGUUGGACAACAACAAUCGCACCUUCCUUCGGCACAACAGACCCCGAAACAAGAAAACCCGUCCAACCAAGUCAGCCCAGCCAGAGCCUACCAAACACCGUCGGCCAUGUCCGCAGCAGAUCAAUUCAUGGGAUCGCAUGAAGCCGUUGCUUCAUUGCUGGACUUGCGCUCCGGGUAUGACGGCUCGAGUUAUAUGAGAAAUGGGAACCAGCAUUUCAAGCGAAUCGAGGAUGUGGCGGUGGUACCUGAGAGAGUGACAGAGCUGUUUGACCUUUUCUUCACAUAUUACCAUCCUUUCCUCCCAUUCCUUGACCGAGAGCAAUCACCGGAGGAGUAUUACACUGUCUCUCCCUUACUUUUCUGGACCAUCAUCAGCGUUGGCGCCCGUCGGUAUCAACCCGACCCAAAUCUACUCAAUUCACUGGCCGGUCCUGUAACGCGCUUAGUAUGGAGUACAUUGGCCGAUGUCCCCCAAAGCUAUCAUGUCGUCAAGGCGCUAUGCCUGCUCUGCAGCUGGCCUUUUCCUACAAGCAGCACCUCUACGGAUCCCACUUUUAUGUUAUGUGGCUUAAUGAUACAGAUCGCCAUGCAACUUGGACUGCACCGCCCCUCACAUACGCAGGAUUUCAGCAAAUACAGGGUGGAGCUUGUUGAGGAAGAGCUCAGAGACAAAGUGCGAACAUGGGCGACUUGCAAUAUCGUUGCACAACGAGUUGCAACGGGAUAUGGACAGCCGCCCUGUACAUUGUAUGACUGGACGUUGUCGUCCCAAGAGUCGAUGGACCCGAAUUUCAAGCUUCCUGAAAGCAUCAGACAUAGGCUUGAUAUUGAGAAAUUUUGCGACAAGGUCACCAAAGCUCUGUACACCAACCGCCGGGAUCCUGUAGGGCUCUGCGGUAGCCAAGAGCGGUCCACAUUAACAUCUCUCCUUUCGCGGGAUUUAGAUGAGCUGGAGACUCAGCUCAAGCCACAUAAUGACUACAUUACCGAUCUCUAUUUGCGCGCAUCAAAUCUCCACCUUCAUUUAUCCGCUUUCUUUGACGAUUUCACUGCCAAAGACUACCGCGAACGACUUCUCUCCCUCUUUUUCGCGGCCACCACGUUCCUCGAAGCUGCGAUGAAGCUGCAGACUCAGGUUGGGCCGAUGCUCUCUAACACGCCGUAUUACAUUUACCAAAUGAUGGUUGCUGGGGGAUGUACACUAUUAAAGCUCUGCAAGAGUUUUUUCGCGUCCCAUAUUGACAUGGACUACGCCAAAGGUCUCUUCAAUCGUACUAUCUGGGCUAUUCGUAGCGUGUCAGUGAUCUCCAACGAUCUUCCUGAACGGCUUGCCGAAGUACUAGCUCAAAUGUGGAAGCUUGGAAGCACGCCGUCUCCGAAGCCACCUCCCGACAGUGUUGAAAUGGACGACUCGCUAAUGCUCAAGGUACGAUGCCGCAUGAGUAUGUCUCUACUCUUUGACUCUGUAUGGCGCUGGAGAGAGGAUACGCGGACCAAGGGCCGCAACAUAGAAGGUGAUUCCCUCACAUACCUCAAGAACCCCACAAACCCCGACUCGAACGCAGACUCUUCUGCUUCGUCAUCAGUAGGACCGCCGCGUACAUCGCCCGGGCUCGCUACUGGUGAUCCUAGCCUCGCCCCCGCUCUUCUUCCCCAGUCCAAUAUGGGCGUGCAGUCCGGAAACAACAUUGGCAGCCUACCUAGCGGAUUCAUGGAGCCCAACUACGAGGUCUUUGAUCCUCUCAAUUGGCUUCUUGAUGGCCUGGUGGACUUGCCGUAUCCAUACUCUGUCUCCGGCAUGGAGGCGCAAGGAAUUGCAUAG